CUCUGACCUGUUGUUCUCAAAGAUCGUGACCCAGGAAGUGUUCCCGAUACUGGAGACCAGCCUGGUCCCACACCCCGGACCCUCCCCCCUUGGGGGCCUACCAGGAACCGUCCAGGGACACAGGGACCGUCCCGUUCCCGCUCGCUCCGCAGGAAGAAGGCCUCCCAUUGUGCGGGUGGAGGAAGCCCCCUGAGGGCCUGGGGAUGAGCCACGGGGGAUUCGGGGAACCACAUGGCUCGCAGGCCCCCCGCCCCCGUAUAAGGGCCCAGGCCCACGGCCUGGCCUUCCUCAGUCCCGGGAGCUCAGCGCCACCACAGCCACAGUCAUGAAGUGCCUCCCGCUCGCCCUGGGCCUGGCCCUCGUGUGUGGCCUCCAGGCCGCCACCGUCCCCCCGACCAUGGAUGGCCUAGACCUGCAGAAGGUGGCUGGGACGUGACACUCCAUGGCCAUGGCGGCCAGCGACAUCUCCCUCCUGGACUCGGAGACCGCCCCUCUGAGAGUGUACGUCCAGGAGCUGAGACCCACGCCCCGGGACAACCUGGAGAUCAUUCUGCGCAAAUGGGAGCACGGCAGGUGUGUGCAGAAGAAGGUCUGGGCAGAAAAAACCGAGCUCCCUGCUGAGUUCAAGAUCAGCUAUCUGGAUGAGAACGAGCUCGUCGUGCUGGGCACCGACUACGAGAACUACCUGUUCUUCUGCCUGGAGAACACUGAUGCCCCCGGGCAGAACCUCGUGUGCCAGUGCCUGACCAGGACCCUGAAGGCCGACAACGAGGUCAUGGAGAAAUUCGACAGAGCCCUCCAGACUCUGCCCGUGCACGUCCGCCUCUUCUUUGACCCGACCCAGGUGGCAGGUGACCGCCUCCACACCCCGCGUCCCUGCUCUCACCCUGCGUGCGGCUCACCCGUCGGACAGCCAUGA